AAUUCAAAAUUAUAUUUUAAAGAAAUAAUGUUGUUUUUAAAAUACAUGCUGUUGAUUGGAUCAGCCGCUGCUUGGACUUGGUCUGAUAUCUUUACAGCCAUUAACCCAUGGAGACUUCAUGAUUUAGUACGGGCUCAACAACAUCCAAAACUCCAGGCUGGAGAAGGUAAACCUCAUCUACUAGAGCUAGCUACUAGCUUGAACCUGACUACUUGUGUAGAGAAGUUGACUGAAGUUGGUAUUGACAGAGUUCUAAAUCAUGAAGGGUGGUUCACUUUGUUUUGUCCAACCAACGAAGCAUUUAAAUAUGAGAAAUUCUACCCUGGGGAGGAUACUCUUGUGGAUAAAAUGAGGCUCCAUGUUGCAAGAGGAUGGUUUAACAGUUCUGAGUUUAAGAAUGAAGUUACCUACAAAUCUCUUCUUAGUAAACGGGAUAUUAGAAUCAACGUUUACUCCACCAAGGGAGACAAUGCACCUCUGACCACUGCUAACGGACGUCCUGUGUUUAGUACAGAUUACAAGGCUAGGAAUGGUAUGAUCCAUGUUUUAUCUGAGGUCAUGUCCUCUGUCUAUGAUCGUAGUGGAUCUGUGAUAUCUGAAAUAGACAUGUGCUGUCCUCAACAUUCAUAUCUUAUUGAACUCUUUCAACGUGCAGGAAUAUAUGACGCUGUUCAUCAGGCUGACCCUGUCACCUUCCUUGCACCGGUCAAUGCUGCUUUUGACAGGAUUCAUCCAGACUUCCUGAAGGAACUCAAGAAGAAUAAACCACUUUUAAAGAAGGUUCUCGCUGGUCACGUGAUUCCUGGAUCCUGGUAUACAGCUGGAUUAUUUACUGGAGAUAAACUAAAGAAUUGGAAUGGAGAUUUCAUCACUGUAGACAAGAAUCAAAAUGGAGAAAUCAGAUUUAAUGGAGCUGAGAGUAGUUUAACAGAUGUAACAGCUUCUAACGGUGUUGUUCAUUCCAUAUCAAACCUAUUACUAAGCAAGGAAACUGAGAAGGAGGUCUUUAUGAUUUUGAAAUCCUUGAAUGGACAGAAUGAAAUCUGAGGAUACAGAUUAGCCUGGACCUAUCGCUACGGAUAGGACUGUUCUUUUAUGAAAUAAGGGUAUAUUAAGGGUUUAGUAAAUAGCUGAUUUUUUAAAAUUUUAUCAUUAAAUCUGUUGUUAUUAAGUUAAUUUAAGGGCUGUACUGGAUUAUAACAACAGUAGGAAUUUUUCCUCUUAUCUUGAUUUCUAAUCCCAGAAAUUGAUGUAAUUUUGUCUUACAAUAUUUGAAACUUGAGCACGAAUGUUUUGCAUGUAUUUAAAACAAUGCCUGUGAGGGUGGGGGAGGGGGGCAGAUAUGUAAAUUUUUCAUAAAAACUAGAGCAAAAACUACAUACAUGUAUAAACGCUUUUUUCUCGCAUAAUUUU